AGAGGGGGGUCCAGUCUCCCCUGGCCGAGCAUUUUUUUUUUUUUUUUGGAAGUCCUAGGACUGAUCUCCAGGACCAGCACUCUUCUCCCAGCCCUUAGGGUCCUGCUCGGCCAAGGUAGGGGGAGUCACGCUAACCGCAGAGGGAACGAGUAGGGGAUGGAAAGGAUGUGGAGGGACCAGGGAAAACGGGUGGUGUGGGAUGGAGUCGAGGGGAAGCCACCCAACUGAGAGUUUGAUUCUUGUCAAAGGGCAUGUGAGACAGAGUACACAGAGGAGGCACAUACAGGAGGCAGGGGCUACGGGUGUUCCGAACAGGGCCGCCAGGAGCGCCCUAAGGGAGGGGACUCCUCCGGGAGGCGCUACCCCUGGGUCCCCAAGCCAAAAUGUCCCCAGAACAAAGCUGCCUUGUUGGAUUGAUUGUUUGGGUUGGGGGAAGCAUGUUGACGGGGGCUUGCUGUAGAGGGGCUGUUCUCAGCCCUAGGCAGAGAAGGCCUUGGCUGAGGAGCCGUAGCGCCUGGCCUCCCGUUGCCCGGUGACAGCGAUGGGGGUGUUGGCAGGAGGCUGGGACAACUCUACCCCAUCCCCCGCCUAGCCUUGAGGCCUGGCCCUCCUGGGCCUCUUGACCCUGCAGGGCAUCUGAGAGCCUGUGUAUUGGGGAGGGCGUGCAGCAGGUUCUCCAGGCGAGCUUUGGUGCCAGCUUUCCCUGCCUGGGAAUCUGCUGGGUUAGGACUCUGGGCUCCCAUUCAGGGGAUCUGUGAUCCCAGGGCCGCCUAGGGCCCCUUACGUGCCUCUCUGCACAAUCAGUACAGCUGUCUGUCCUCCCUCUGAGUAAAUGGGGUCAUCUGGAUCCCUCCCACGUCCGCCCCUUGGCUCUUGUCAAUCCCUCUCCUCCUCACCCGCGGUGUGCUUGGUUCCCCUAUACUGAGUGCUUGGUUCUUUCCCUAUCAUUUUCUAUCCGUUGUCUCUCUCCUCUUUGUCUUUCUGGUUUUCUCUCUUUCAUUCCCACAGUCUCCCUUCCUCUCACAUCCUGUCUGUCUGGGUUUUCCUCUCUACGUGUCUCUUGCUCAGUCUCUGUCUCUUUUUAUUGACCCUUCUCUGACUCUCGGUCUCUCAUAGCUGUCUCUUAUCUCUGGGUCUUUCAGGCUGUGCCUCUAUGACCUGUGCCUCUGCCCUUAUUUAAUGUGUUUCUCUCCCUGUCUCCUUGGUCCCUGGGGCUCUUUCUCUCCUGUUGUCUCUCGCUGUCUCUGUCUUACUCAGUGUCUGUUUUUCUUUCGUGACUUCUCCCUCUCUUUCUGACUCUGGGCCCCACUCAAUCUGUUUCUCUCACGCACACUUUCUCUCUGGGGCACCCAGGCCUUCCCUACCAUGCGACCUGUCAGUGUCUGGCAGUGGAGCCCCUGGGGGCUGCUGCUGUGCCUGCUGUGCAGCUCGUGCUUGGGGUCUCCGUCCCCUUCCACGGGCCCUGAGAAGAAGGCCGGGAGCCAGGGGCUUCGGUUCCGGCUGGCUGGCUUCCCCAGGAAGCCCUAUGAGGGCCGCGUGGAGAUACAGCGAGCUGGUGAAUGGGGCACUAUCUGCGAUGAUGACUUCACGCUUCAGGCUGCCCACGUCCUCUGCCGGGAGCUGGGCUUCACAGAGGCCACAGGCUGGACCCACAGUGCCAAAUAUGGCCCUGGAACAGGCCGCAUCUGGCUGGACAACUUGAGCUGCAGUGGGACCGAGCAGAGUGUGACUGAAUGUGCCUCCCGGGGCUGGGGGAACAGUGACUGUACACACGAUGAGGACGCUGGGGUCAUCUGCAAAGACCAGCGCCUCCCUGGCUUCUCGGACUCCAAUGUCAUUGAGGUAGAGCAUCACCUGCAAGUGGAGGAGGUGCGAAUUCGACCCGCCGUUGGGUGGGGCAGACGACCCCUGCCCGUGACGGAGGGGCUGGUGGAAGUCAGGCUUCCUGAUGGCUGGUCGCAAGUGUGCGACAAAGGCUGGAGCGCCCACAACAGCCACGUGGUCUGCGGGAUGCUGGGCUUUCCCAGCGAAAAGAGGGUCAACGCGGCCUUCUACAGACCAAUCACCAAGCUUAAAGUCAAACCCAAACCCCGAGUGGGCAGGGGGCCAACCAAGAGGCUGCUGGCCCAACGGCAGCAACACUCCUUUGGUCUGCAUGGGGUGGCGUGCGUGGGCACGGAGGCCCACCUCUCCCUCUGUUCCCUGGAGUUCUAUCGUGCCAAUGACACCGCCAGGUGCCCUGGGGGGGGCCCUGCGGUGGUGAGCUGUGUGCCAGGCCCUCUCUACGCGGCGUCCAGUGGCCAGAAGAAGCAACAACAGUCGAAGCCUCAGGGGGAGGCCUGUGUCCGUCUAAAGGGUGGCGCCCACCCUGGAGAGGGCCGGGUAGAAGUCCUGAAGGCCAGCACAUGGGGCACAGUCUGUGACCGCAAGUGGGACCUGCAUGCAGCCAGCGUGGUGUGUCGGGAGCUGGGCUUCGGGAGUGCUCGAGAAGCUCUGAGUGGCGCUCGCAUGGGGCAGGGCAUGGGUGCUAUCCACCUGAGUGAAGUUUGCUGCUCUGGACAGGAGCUCUCCCUCUGGAAGUGCCCCCACAAGAACAUCACAGCUGAGGAUUGUUCGCAUAGCCAGGAUGCCGGGGUCCGGUGCAACCUACCUUACACUGGGGCAGAGACCAGGAUCCGACUCAGUGGGGGCCGCAGCCAACAUGAGGGGCGAGUCGAGGUGCAAAUAGGGGGACCUGGGCCCCUUCGCUGGGGCCUCAUCUGUGGGGAUGACUGGGGGACCCUGGAGGCCAUGGUGGCCUGUAGGCAACUGGGUCUGGGCUACGCCAACCACGGCCUGCAGGAGACCUGGUACUGGGACUCUGGGAAUAUAACAGAGGUGGUGAUGAGUGGAGUGCGCUGCACAGGGACUGAGCUGUCCCUGGAUCAGUGUGCCCAUCAUGGCACCCACAUCACCUGCAAGAGGACAGAGACCCGCUUCACUGCUGGAGUCAUCUGUUCUGAGACUGCAUCAGAUCUGCUGCUGCACUCAGCACUGGUGCAGGAGACCGCCUACAUCGAAGACCGGCCCCUGCAUAUGUUGUACUGUGCUGCGGAAGAGAACUGCCUGGCCAGCUCAGCCCGCUCAGCCAACUGGCCCUAUGGUCACCGGCGUCUACUCCGAUUCUCCUCCCAGAUCCACAACCUGGGACGAGCUGACUUCAGGCCCAAGGCUGGGCGCCACUCCUGGGUGUGGCACGAGUGCCAUGGGCAUUACCACAGCAUGGACAUCUUCACUCACUAUGAUAUCCUCACCCCAAAUGGCACCAAGGUGGCUGAGGGCCAUAAAGCUAGUUUCUGUCUCGAAGACACUGAGUGUCAGGAGGAUGUCUCCAAGAGGUAUGAGUGUGCCAACUUUGGAGAGCAAGGCAUCACUGUGGGUUGCUGGGAUCUCUACCGGCAUGACAUUGACUGUCAGUGGAUUGACAUCACGGAUGUGAAGCCAGGAAACUACAUUCUCCAGGUUGUCAUCAACCCCAACUUUGAAGUAGCAGAGAGUGACUUUACCAACAAUGCAAUGAAAUGUAACUGCAAAUAUGAUGGACAUCGAAUCUGGGUGCACAACUGCCACAUUGGUGAUGCCUUCAGUGAAGAGGCCAACAGGAGGUUUGAACGCUACCCUGGCCAGACCAGCAACCAGAUUAUCUAAGUGCCACCGCCCUCUGCAAACCACCACUGGCCCCUAAUGGCAGGGGUCUGAGGCUGCCAUUACCUCAGGAGCUUACCAAGAAAUCCAUGUCAGCAACUGCACUCAUCAGACCAUGCACUAUGGGUGUGGAACUGUCAAGCAGAAGUUCUCACCCUCCUUCAGAGGCCAGCUGUCAGUAUCUGUAGCCAAGCAUGGGAAUCUUUGCUCCCAGGCCCAGCACCGAGCAGAAGAGAGCAGAGCCCACCACACCACAAAGAGCAGCACCUGACUAACUGCCCCCAAAAGAUGGCAGCAGCUCAUUUUCUUUAAUAGGAGGUCAGGAUGGUCAGCUCCAGUAUCUCCCCUAAGUUUAGGGGGAUACAGCUUUACCUCUAGCCUUUUGGUGGGGGAAAAGAUCCAGCCCUCCCACCUCAUUUUUUACUAUAAUAUGUUGCUAGGUAUAAUUUUAUUUUAUAUAAAAAGUGUUUCUGUGAUUCUUCA